AUGUCCGGUGAUUCUCAGUCCCCAGUCGCGAUUUCUUCGCCAAUGUCUGCCUGUAGUCCGGGCCCGCCAACUCUUGCUCCUAGAGCUGUAAGUGUGAUGAGCCAUGAUACUCCAAGCCCAGCCGGUGUGGUUACACACAAGGAGUGGAUUGUGCCACCACGGCCAAAGCCUGGACGAAAGCCCGCAACAGAUACUCCGCCAACAAAAAGAAAGGCGCAAAAUCGAGCAGCUCAACGAGCCUUCCGCGAGCGCCGUGCCGCGCGUGUGAACGAACUUGAGGAUAAGCUCAAAGAAGUCGAGCUUGAAACUUCAACACAGAUAACUGAGUACCAAGAACAGGUCAACCAGCUCGCCAUGAACAACGCCGAGCUUGCGAAAGAAAACAACCUCUACAAAACUAAGGUUGAGUGUCUCCAAAAAGAGCUAGAAUUGCUACGGCAAGUCAAGGCAAAUGAACAGCAACAGCAACAGCAGCAUUCAUCAGCUCCUGUGGCAAGCUUCAAUUCGGUACAGGUUGCAUCUCCGGCACCAUCUUCACACGAGAACCCGUGCAGCUCAAAUUGCGCGUGCACAGACGAUUUAGAUAGGAUCCUUUGUGAUAAAAAGUCUCCCCCAUCAGACAUUCUUGGGUCUGCUCCUCUACCCGCACCUUCUGUUCCUAUACGCCGAAGAAGCAAUAGGAAUAAGGCCGCUUCCGAGUUUCCUCAGAAUCCGGAUCCUCUUGGCUGUGGGCGCUGCUCCAGGGAGGGCAACUGUGCAUGCAUCACUGAGGCCGUAGAGGCUGCCUACCCGGUGAAGCGCCCUACGUCUCCGAGCGAGAACACACCUAAACGCACACGAAUAUCCAGCAAUGUCGGACUAACCCCACCAGAUGAGUUGGAAACCGACUUCACCUAUAUGACCAAACCACCCCCGCCCCCCCCUUCCUUCUCUGGUUCCCCCGUAAUUUCACACAUGCCAGCAGAUCCGUGUGGAUUCUGCUCAGAUGGCACACAUUGUGUUUGCGCCGAGGCCGCGGCGAAUGCUAUGAUGAACAUGGAUGACGACGAAGAGGAUUCCGAAGAACACCACAGCACUAAGCUCCCUCCGCUGUUGUCAAAUCUUACACCCCCAAGAGGAGACCAAAGCCUUGAGGGACACAACGUAGAAAAGCCAAUGCCUCUGUACCCACCAAUGACUAAAAGCACAGGAAGUGGAUGUCCGCCUGGUGGGUGCGCCCAGUGCAAGAACGACCCAAUGUCAACUCUCUUCUGUCAAUCUGUUGCCACGAAAGUCAAAUCGCGUCCCGCGGGCGCUCCUGCUGGGUGCUGUGGCGGCGGGUGUUGCGGCGACAAGCAAUCACCUAAAGACACCACCGACGAAAAGGGGACUUUUAUACCAGCCAGCGCGGCCUACCAGGCGCUAUCUAGGCAUAGAGGGUUCGAGGAAGCAACAGCGGACUUAGGAAGUUUGCUGCGGCCGCUGAUGGUGCGGAGUGGUGAUGGAAGGUGCCCGCAAGUUGAGGUCAGCAGUGUUCGGGAUGUGCUAAAGCAACUGGAUAGGAGAUUCGGGAGCGAUGCUGCUUAA